AUGAUUCGAUUGUCGCAGGCUGCCCGUCUGAGUCUCCCGCUCGCGUCCGCUCUCUUUCUUCGCUCUCGUCGUCUGCGCGUCCGCCGCGACGCCCAUAUCUUUGUUUUUUGGCCUGAACACUUGCAUGCUGCCCUCGUCGCCUUCUCCCGUUGUGCCGGUCUUCGCUGCCUGAUCAAUGUCGCGCGUGUCGCAAACGCAUUCGGCCUUUCUUCUGCAGGUCUCGCAUGGAAAGCGGGCGGUGUGCUUGUCGAUUUACGGCCAACGAGACAGGCUCCUUCGGUUUUUGCUGUCGACCCUUCGCACCUUCAUUUCUUCUUUGUUUCCCGACGAUAUUUAGAUACAUUUUUAGGUAGAAUGGAUCGUCCGCCACCAAAACCGCAGACGAGCCGGAACUUGGAGUUAGCCCGGAAGGAAAUCGAAGAGAUUCGGAGCUUGAUCGGCGGCAUGGACAACUGGCGCCGUCUACAAGAGCUCAAUGUUGCACCGGGUGAAGGACGUGCCGAGUUCAAUAAAAAGUAUGGAAUUUCUGGAUCGAACUCUCGAAAUGUUUUGUUUCCAGAUUGGAAAAAAUGAAGCUGGAAAGAGACAUGCGCCUACCGGCAACCUUCUGCGAGAUAAGAUCAUUGUGCAAGUAUCUUCGUGACUUCAAGUUCUGGCCUUUUCUGCCAGUGGACUGCAAGAGAGAGAUCGUCAAAAACAUGGACCUGAAGACCCAGUAAGCAUUCAGAUAUCGAACAACCCAAACGAACAUUCCCCGUGCUUUCAGAGGUGCCAUUUCGUGUACGGCAAGAGAGGAGUAUUGGAUUGUGAAGAAGAUGCCACUUUACAUUUUCUACAUGAACAUAGAGUACAAAGCCACGUUGUUUGUGGAUGAGCCCAAUACCCGAGUCCGAUUAAUCUACUCAAUGGCGAAGGAUCUGCCUUGGAAGUUCGUCGACAUAAAGUUCACGGACGGUUCGCCCAGGAGCGAAUUCAUGUUCCGAUACUGCGAUGAUCCGAUGGGAAUAUACGGACACAGCACUAUAAAAUACUUUCAUGAUCCGCACCACAACCGUAGGAGGAAGACGCGCAGGGAUCUCUGGCAAACCUGCACAUUCUUCUUGAGGAUGGCGCUCGACAGAUGCCACUCUAAGAUUACCAAAUUAUCGGUGAACGUUGUGAGUAUGCAUAGAAAAUGAGAAUGUUGAAAUGAGAACGGUUUCAGAAUCAGUUUCCCUUCAAACAGUGCGGAUUGACGAAGCUGCCGGAGACCACUCACUUCCAGAUCAAAGUGAACGAAGAUGAUAUGAGCCGCUGGAUAGCCAUGCUGCCGGACAAGUUGGUCGAAUUCCACGCGUCGGGCAGAAUGAGAGAGUUCGUCACGAGCGAUACGCCACAGAUCAUGAACGUGCAACACUUCUACCUGAAUGGUAGGUCGGAAGUCACAGACGAACAGUUCGCUGGCAUGGCUGCCGGGACAAUCCGAUUCGCGAUGACCAAAAUAACCGAAAAGGGAAUACACGCGUUCCUCAAGAAGUGGGCCGACGAUGUCGACGACAAGAACAAGUUAACAGAGGCAUAUAUUUGUAUGGCGUUCAAUCCGGAAGCGGCAGUGAAAGAUCUGUGGGCGUUCGAAUGGGACGCGGUGUUUAUCAAAGAGCAGUGAGUAUCUGGUUAGUUGGUUCAUUAAGAAAUCGUGUAUUGCAGCGAGGAUUUCUACGAAAAAAUGACAGAGGAUUACCAUUUUGGCAGAAUGUUCCAAGUGCUGAGUUCGAAACGCAAAUGCGAGAGUAUCACGGUCAUCUUCGGACCUUACGAAACUUCCAUCGUCCGGACCGGAUUCAAACAGGACGGCGUAAUGAUGACCGAGUACCGUUUCCCCGAAAAAUAUGAGAAUCCCGAGUUUGAAAAACGCAAUCCCAUAUUCCGUCACGUCGAGCCUAUUUACCUCGAAAAUUCAGAAGAUUAUUAA